AUGGACAGUAACUGCAAGUGCUGCAAGACCGUCUUGAACUGCAAGUGCGUUUGCAAAGAGUGGCUUUCUAUAAUUUCUGACCCUCAAUUUGCUCGUCUCCAUCUUCCGAGAUCACCCAUUGGGAUCUUGAUGAAGGAAUGGCACCUUGAUAAUGAUUGGAUAGCGAGAAAACUUGAUUUUGCCCAGAUAGUAGAAGGUGCUGGUUCUGAUUUUGGGGUCGAGAAAACGACUUUAACUCCUAAUAAUAGCCUGCCCAAUUUUCGGUUCGAGUUGAUAAACUCAUGUAACGGUUUACUUUGUUUGUAUGGACUGGAGACUGAUGGCCUCAUUGGGACCAAUGAUUACAAGGUGUUGCAAACAACCUCAUCUAACAACAAAUUCUAUGGUGAGCGUGAGGCUGAGAUAUACACCCUUGGCACAGGAGUUUGGAGAAGCAUUGGAAGUGUUCCUCAAACUACAAACGAAGCAAUUCAUUUACCGUUUGACGCUUUUCUGCACGGAGCUCAGCAUUGGGCUCCAUAUGACUUGUCAGAGUUUUCUAUAUAUUCUUUCAAUUUUGAAAGAGAAAAAUUUCGAUUGCUACCCCCGCCUACACUCUCACCCGGGCUGUUAGAAGCAAUGCAUAAGUGGUAUUCAGAGUACUUACACUUGGGACAGUUAGGAGGUUGUCUCCUUCUAUGUGUGCAUGAUAAACUGUCAACGAAAUUAGAGUUCUGGGUUAUGAAGGAUUAUGGGGUCCAACAGUCUUGGACUAAAAUUCUUGUCAUUGAAAACUUGUCGACACUAUGUUUUGGGUACAUGCCAAUUAAGUUUUUGAGUAAUGGAGAAACACUAAUAGCGUACGAGGACAGACAAGGCAACGGCAUUAGCAGACGGCUUGUUGAUUGUUUGCCUGGGCUGUGUCUGGAGUUUCAGAGGGACGACUAUUCUUAUGAUAAGGGUCUAUAUAUUAUUAAGACCUUCAGAUGCCAAUGA